AAUCGAAGGUUGCGUAGCCUCCAUACAACCAGUCGUCUAUCAGCCUAAUUGUGAUGGCAGAGAGCUCGUCUUGGAGUUUUGAUGAAGCUGAUUUGUCUGCGUGUUUCGAUGACACGAUGAACGGCAUCGGCGUAGGCGUCCGAUCAAUGUUUAAUAUGCGUGACGCUCUGUCAGCUUUACCACUCUGUAAUGAUGAAAGUAAGCUUUCUGAUGAUUCAAACCAUGAAGGUUUAUCAAAUUUCUCUAUGUUGUCUAGUAAUUCGGCGCAGACUGUUGACAAUACUUUUAUUUCAAUGGCUGAUACAAACUCUCAUUUGUUUGAUAACAUUUUGAAAGCUCCAACAUCAUCGGCUACACGAUUAGGUGAAGCGUCUUUAACUUACUUAAAUCAAGGACAAACGUAUGAGCUUAAAUUGAACUCGAAAACACCAGAUAUAAAAUUUAUCAAGACAUGGAUUCGAGUUACUUUCUAUGAUAAACGGAUGGAAUUAAAUGAACACGAGCUUUGGGAUAACUGGCAUCAAACACACCCUGGUGAAAACCUCCUAGACGUAGAUUAUAAAAGAUCGAAUGAUUAUGAAGAAUUAGAUAAUGAAAAUACUCCAUCAGAUGAUAUAUUAUGUAUAUGGAAAUAUCCGAAAUGUACUAUUGGUUUACGAUUUAAUUGUGUCAGUACUGAAUUCACUGCUAAGAAACAUGGUGGUGAAAAAGGAAUUCCUUUUCGAUUUCGGGUAGAACAUUUUGAAUAUGAUACUAAUCAACAUUUGGGAUCAUUCGCUUGUCAAAUUAAAGUAUUCAAAAUGAAGGGAGCUGAUCGUAAGCAUAAAACAGAUCGAGAAAGAAUAGAGCGUAAAUCUGGUGAUGGUCAGGCUAUUUAUAAACCAUCAGUUCCUGUGACUAAAUUAUCAUAUUUACCUAGCAAGCAAGUUAAGCUAUUUCAUAAUCACCAUCAUAACCAUGGUCAUUAUCAAUCGAUAACAGACAAGCAGUCGGCGAUCGACGAUACUUUUACAGAGCAACCGAUAAAAGUGACAAAUACACAAAUUCUUACCACUUCCGCUACAAUAGCCACGUCUGUUUGCAAUAAUUCAUGCCAACAAUUUAAAGUAGACAUGAGUAGUUUGGAUUUACAGAAUUUGGCACGAGUGGAGAAAGCGGUGAUGAAGGAUAAUUUUACACCAGAGGAUUUAAAUGAUACAAGUAACAAUUUUGCAAUACCUAACCCAAUCGAAUCAUCUAGUGCUUCCAAUCGGUCAUUUUCGGAAUUUGUUAUACCUACUUACCCAAUUCAUCGUUCGGCAUAUUCAGCGUUAAGAAAUGUAUCUCCGGGUAUAUCACCUUCUCCAUCUUCUAAUAGGCGUUUUAAUUAUACUAUACAGCCAUGUCUUCAACGACGUAGACGUCUUCGAGCAGGAGACUGUUGUGCAGGGACUUGUUCAUCAUGUGGACGCAGUUGUCGAAGUGCUUCACGAUGGAUACGAAGUAAUAAAAAUAGAAUGAUGUGCACAAACUGGGACAAUUCAACAAAUCGUGCCAAACAAGCCUCAGUGAUUUCAGAGAGAAGGAGAGCUGCACAUAGUUAUGAAAACGGUUCCCAUUUGACUGAAUUCCCAAAGUCCAAAUCGAUUCAAAUGAAUAUUCCUUCGCAUCAGUCAAAUUCCAUAAAUAAUAACCAUCAUUCAGGAGUAUAUGAAUUGAGUACAUCAGGCGAAUCGUCUAGUCUAGGGAAUAAUGAUAAAUUAAAUAAAUAUACUAUAUUAGAUAAAUAUGAUGAUCAGAAAUCCAAACCAUCAUCUAUCAUCCUACCUGAUUAUCCUCUUAAUUCAGUAGUAAUAGCACAAUCGGAUGAGGAUCCUUUAUUAAGCAUGUCCAGUGCAACUCCAGCAAGUCGUGAUAUGGGUUAUUGUAGUGAUCUGUUAGUAUCGUCACCUUCCAGACCUACUGUCGAAGACAGAGUCAUAGAACAAAUUGAAUAUUGUACAGAGAACAAUAGUAAUAAUAAUAAUGUUCACCAUAAUAAUGAUGACGAUUAUGCAGAUUUGUUGAAAUUUGAAGAUUUAUGUAUGGAUAAAUUAAACUCUGUAGUUCAUCAAGCUACAUCAUGUGAUUCAAUAGUUUCUUUGUCGAAUAAACCGGAAAUUGAAAUUCCUUCUUUAUCAUCAUCAUCAUUGUCGUCAACAUCAUCAUCAACAUCUGUCUGUCCAUCAUCUAUAAAUACUUCUGUUGCUACUGUUAAACCCACUACUAUUACUACCUCAAAUAUAUCAUCUGUAGUACAUUGUGAAAUGACAGCAUCACAGGUUGCAGAUUGGCUUUGUCAAUCAAAUUUUGAAAAUCUUCUUGAAACGUUUAAGAAUUUCACAGGUAAUAUUAUUGAACAUUAUUUUUUAAAUCUUUAAAUGCUUGUAUUGUUGUCGUUAAUGUUAGGUGUUUUUUUUUAAUGUUUCGACAACGAAUGUAUUUACGUUGCAGUUGUUGUGUUGCAACUACACCACUGGAACUAAAUUUCAAAUUGAUUAAAGUUAAGAGUAUCUGAUUAAUGUAUGUUAGUAGAUGUAUACUACGUGGUUGGGACCUGUAUGAUAACUGGGGUUAAUUUUUGGAGAGUUUGGGUGGUAUGCCUCAAAAUUAUUCACGACGAUGCAAAUACAUUCGUCUUUUAUUUUCCUAUCGAUCUUGAACCCUCGUUUUUCUACUUACACUUACCGUCCUACUCCAUCGUUUUAAAAAAUAUUCUCACUGUUCAGUCUUUCUCAAAAUCAUUUUUACCACAUUAUUUCGAUCUUUUUUGAUAUUCUUGUUAAAUUCAACUCGCGUGGUAUGAAAACUCAGACCAACACACAUUGGUUCCGGGCUGUACGUUGAUGACUGACUCACUAGCUAAGUGUUAUCACUUUAAAUUGAAACAGUUUUGUUAUGCAUCUUUAUUAUAAAGAGCCUAGGUGGCAUGCAUGACAGUCAGCAUCUUAGAAUAAAUCUGCUACCAGUUGUGUCUUAAAUAUUGGCUACCAUCAUACCGUUCAGAUCUUCCGAUAUUCAUAAAAAGAUUAAAUCUUCUCGAUUCGCUCAAUUUUCAUGCAACAAUGAAUCCAUUAUUCCCAUGUUCACCCUUUGCCAAAUGACUGAAUAGGUUUACAAGUUUUUCAGACCAACAAUCGGGGACAGUUCUCUGAGAUUGCCUGUUGAAAAAAGUUUUGGCGUCGUGCUGUUCUUGUAAAGAUUUUGUGGAAUACAGUUACGUCUCUUUAUUAUUGCAAACCAGUGAUGGGAUUAGACAAUGUUAUUCAUUAAGGGAAUUCUUUUAAUUUAUGUUCUAUGAUAUUCUGAAAACAGAUCUAAAUGAAUGUGCUACUUGAAGAUGAUAUUUUCAACCUUCAAUAUCACUGAUCAAGUAUUUCAUAGGUUUAUAGACAUAUUUCCUUCCUAAAUGAUAAUACAUUUAUUUAUGAUUAGUAAACUGACUACGUGUUACAGAUAAAGAAUAUAAAGCGAUAACUUUAACGACAACUGUUAUACCACGCGCUUCUACUCCCCAACUGCUUCAAAAUACAAAUCAUAUUAAGAGGAUAUAUUAGAUGAGGUCAAAGAAGACUAGAUUUACAUCCACGCUAAUUCAGUUAUCAGCUAAAUGAUUAUUAGUUUUAGAGUUUUAUUAACUGAGUUAUUGUCACUCAAUGCAAAAUUAUGGUGGAAUAAUCAAUGCACUUAAAAACGCAUUGAAGAGCAAGUAACUGAAUACAACGAAGUUACAUCGGAAGUUAACCAAAAUAAAUCGCGACAAUGGGUUGAAUUUGACUUGGCAAACAUCCCCCUUAAAUUGGUUUGAGGAUAUGAUAUUCCCAAUAUUACGUCACUAAUGUUGUAGUGGACGACAACUCAGUUGGAGAAAAGUAAUUUAUUGUUAAAUGAGAAAUUACAAUGUCUUCGUAAAAUAUGAAGAUCAUGUACUUCAUUUGUACAUCUUCUAUCAGCUGUCUCUUAUGUCUGUCAACAUAAGUAGUAGACAUCACAAUGUGAGCAAAUUAAUUACAUCGAAGGCUUGUAAUCGAUAAAUGAUAAUCUGGAAUUAAUAAUGAAUUCAUUUGUUUCAUACACAUAGUUCAUUUUGAAAAUAGCGAGAACAAACAUUCUAACAGAAUAGCAUGAAUUCAUUUUUAUUUCGUUGGUUCUCGUCAGUUGCUUACAACCUGUGAUAUUUAAAAUCAUAAUUACAUAAUGGGUUUAAAUGACUUACAUGAAAGAGUUUGAUUGGAAGUUAUAUUGAAGGCAUAUUCGUAUAGUAUAGCAAGGAUGUAAAUAAAUUGAAUAGACUGAAUAUUGUAAAUCUAUACCUUAUGUAAAAGAACAUUGUGACAACAGUUCAAACGGCUAGAAACAAGUAAACAUUGAUAGGAAUAAAAUGAGUAGAAUUCAGUUGAUAAAAUAAGAUUAAUAAUUUGGAAGAUAGUUGAAAUAAAACUCAAUGAAGUAAUAAAUGUGAGAAAGAGUUUAAAGAAAAAGAAAACAACAUAUUGAGGUACAACGAAGGGAUAUUAGUCACCAAGGCAAGGAAAGUUUAAUAACCAUCUCCUUUUGAACACAUAAAUCAGGUUUUUGGUGUCUGAUAGCAACUGCUUUAGCAAACUUCAGAAGACUGGAGUUUGGCUGCUUACUAAUCACCUUGAAUGAUUGCAGGGUAUCGACCUGAUGUCUGGUAUCAAGAUGUUUGGUGAUUGCACUAUUUCGAGUCUUUCUUUCUCUUGUUCUGAGGCUUUUUGGAACAUGUUCAAAAAAUCUGAGAUAUGCCCUCCUUUCUGUUCGGCCAAUGUAGCUGCUUUGGCAGGUACACGUAAACUUAUAAAUACAAUUGGCGGUAACAUGAAAAGGAUGCUUACCAACCUUUGAUUGAGUUAUUGAACAUGCUGUUUUAUACAGAAUUAGAAGUUUGGCAGCCGGAUAAGUUCUGGCUAGCUCAGUAUUCAGUCUCCUGUUGAUUGUGUUUGCAACAUCACCUUUGAAGUUGAGAUUUAUAGUAAUUGGUUUUUUAUUGACCGUAAUUACUUCAGUAUUGUUUUCUAUACGCUUUUUAUAUUUGUUAAUAAACUUUUGUGCGUAAAAGUUGUCUCGUAGGCAUUUUUCCAUGUUCAUCAAUUCUUCUUCCAGUUUGUCAAUGGUACAUAUCUUUUCUG